GAAGUGGCGCGAGAGUGCGACAGGAGGAGGAGCAGCAGCAGCAGCAGCAGAGAGAGCGAGAGACGGAGAGGCAGAGGAGAGACGAACCCUUCCUCCUGGAAGGGACCCAAGGCCGGGAUGGUCACAAGACCAUUGGUACCAGUAGGAGCCCAGUCCUGGCGCUGGAUGUGUUGGCACUUGGCCCCACCUGGGCAGUCAUGAACGGGAGUGCAGUGCCCCUGUCGCCAGUAGGGGGAGGGAUGGUGGGUGAGCCUGCCUCUCUCCCCUCACCAGGUUGGCGGGAAUUCUGUGAGGCGCAUGCCCGUGCUGCCGCUGUGGACUUUGCCCGGCGAUUCCGGGCCUUCUUGGGUGAGAACCCUCAGUUUGCAACACCAGGAGCCGAAGCCGCCUUCUCACGCCGCUUUGCUGAGCACUUCCUGGAACAUUUUGAGGCAGAAGUGAGCCGGGCUUAUGCCAGCGACUCACCGCCUCGUUGUGACAUUGCCCCCUUCACUGGUUGUUCCUCAGCCCGCGACCUUUCUGAGACCUGCAGCGACUCAUCAGUGGCCUCUCCUGUGGAGCCUCCCCUGGGACCGCCUUCUGGCCUAUCCAGCAGCCAGUCCCGCAGCUCUGAGGAUGUUUCUACAGUGGCAGCAGUGACUGCCACCAAACCAAAGCUGAAGAAGCGUUUCUCUUUGCGCAAUGUGAGCCGCAGUGUCCGAGGGAGCGUCCGCGGAAUCCUGCAGUGGAAGACAUCAGCCGACUCAUCUCCCGGCGGUGGAGAUGGAGCAGUCACAGGAGCCAACAGUAAUUCCAACUCUUCAGGGGGUGGUGACUCUGAGCGCUGGACUCACCGUUUUGAGCGGCUGCGGCUCAAUAAAGCCUCCCCGGCUACGCUCCGAGUGGAACUGGCCAGUGUGCGGCGUGAGGGCUUACUGAACUACAUUGUGGCUGACGAUGGGUCAGGCGGGGGUAGUCGGACACGCUGGCAGAAAUGCCGUCUUCUCCUGCGUAAAGCAGGGAAAGGGGAGGGAGAGGGGUACCUGUUGGAGUUCUACAUCCCACCAAAGGCAUCAAAGCCGCGGGUCAGCAUUGCCUGCUCCUGUGUAGUGGAUGUGAGGACAACAACCCCCCUGGAAAUGCCAGACAAGGAGAACACAUUUGUGCUCAAGCUGUCAAGCUCCUUGGAGUACAUCCUUGAGACGGUUGACUCGCUACAGAUGCGCUCCUGGCUGGCAGACAUUCAGGAAUGCAUGGGCCUAGGAGAGAGCACCGAUAGUCUGGAGCAGCCAUGCAUGAAUCAUUCGGAGAGUAUGCCCAGCCGGGAGCUUCCCAUGGUGCCGAGUGAAAGCAAUGAACAGCUCAGCCAAGGUGCCUACGGUGGACUGAUGGAUCGUCCUUCAGCGUCCAUGUCCCCCAGUUCAGUCUCCAUUGCUGCCUCGCACUUUGACUCCAUGGAGUUGCUGCCUCCAGAGCUGCCGCCUCGGGUACCAAUUGAUGAAGGGCCAUUUUCCACUGGCCUCCUCCAUACAACUUUCCCCGAAACCCCAGAUACCACAGGUUCCUUCCUUUUCCAAGGGGAGCCUGACCCAGGCGGGGGAAGCCUUGGUGACACAGAGCAUCCCCUCUCUGAUUAUCCUUGGUUCCAUGGCACCUUGUCUCGUCUGAAAGCAGCCCAGCUAGUGUUAGCAGGAGGAGCCAGUAGUCACGGUGUUUUCCUAGUCCGUCAAAGUGAGACACGGCGUGGAGAAUACGUCCUGACCUUCAACUUCCAGGGGAAAGCCAAGCACCUGCGCCUCUCCCUUAAUGAGGAUGGGCAAUGCCGGGUUCAGCAUCUCUGGUUCCAGACCAUCUUCGACAUGCUGGAGCAUUUCCGGGUCCAUCCCAUCCCCCUUGAGUCAGGUGGUUCCAGCGACGUGACGCUCGUCAGCUAUGUGGUGGCUUCACAACGGCUGCACGAACCGAACACCUCUCGUAACCUGCCGCCGCCCCCACCUCCGCUUCCCCCUGCCCGGCCACCUCAUGCGUCCCCUGACCAUGGAAUGCCAGAGGCUGAUGGGCAAGUUGACGAAGAGGGCCGAACAGUGCCAGAGGCGGACGAGGGAGCAGCUGUAAGAGGAGGGGGGGCCCUUCCCCUGCCGGAGGAGCCAGAAGGACGAGCCAGGGCUGUGAACAACCAGUACUCAUUUGUCUGAGCCCCAUGGAUAUGAGAAAGAGAGGGGGACAAGAGACUUUGCCCAUCACCAGACAGUGUUCCUACCCUGGCUGUGGGUGCAAGAUGGGAUUGAAUGCCCAGUAGAUUUCUAGACUUUCCUCCAGUAACCUUUGAGGUUGGGACUGGCCUUACCCCUUCCCGUCUCGCCCUGCCUCCUCCCCUUGGGUACAGAGCAAACAUCACUUUUGCGUGCCCCCAAAAUAUAGGUGCAAGCCCCCACCCCUUUCCUGAUCCCAACUUGCAAUAGCUCGGUACGCAGUACUUUUGCCCUGUUUUGGUUGGUAAGGUACAGGCCUGCUUUUCCUUCUCUUUCAUCCCUUCUCCUGGCCCAAACCUCUGCAACUGGGCAGGAGUAAUAGCUCACUGUAAACACUACAGGAAGAGGUGAAAGUGGGUGGGUCAUUUCCCCCCCCCCCCCCAAAUAAACUUUGACUCUAGACACAGUCUUUUAUAACCCCACCCUUUUUGCUGAAUGUAUGGAGUUUCUGAAUGUAACACCCUCUCCCCUACCUUUCUCCUCUCUUGGGGUAAUGGGGGCAGGGAAGGUUAGCUUUCUCUUCCCAACCCAGAAAUGUAUUUAUAUUCUUUCAUCACUCCCCUCUCCAUCCCUACAGUUUGGGACUGGGCACACAUUAUAAAGUCUACACCCACCCAGUUAUUAUUAUUCUUAAAUGAAUAUACACUUUCACAGAUCCUGUUCCCCUUGCUCUUGCUCCUGCUAUACCCCUCUUCACCUCCUUAAGAUUUAUUUUUCUACUGUGGACUAGUUGGACUGCUCAGGCCCUCUCUUAUCUCUUCAAAUUCUCUCUUUUUUUAAAAAAAAAAUUACUCCGA